AUGGCGACUUCGAUUUCACGAAAAUCUGCUCUACCACAAUGGAGUCUUUGCUUCAGUGGUGCAGGGCACUUGAUUGUCUACCACUUGGGGGUGGCGAAAGAGUUAAUAUCACAAAUCAACAGCAAGGGGGAAUCACUGAAGACCAGUACCCUACCUCAAAUUCACUCCGUGGCUGGAUCGUCGUCUGGCGCACUGGCAGCUGCAGCGUUGGGGUACUUUCCUGAUCGCAUUGAGGAAUAUGCAGAUCGAUUCCUACAAGAUCGUGGCCACGCGUUUCGGCAUUUUCAGCAAAUGUUGAUAGACCAAGAAACAAAGCGAAAUGUUCCAGGUUUGUCAAAAUCAGAAUUAACAACACAGCAGAACAGAAUUCAGCCUCAAUGGCUGGGGGUUGCCACGACGGAGUGCUCGACUGGCGCAUUGCAUAUGUUCGAAUUUGAUACUUCACUUCCUUUCCACAAAGGAACUGACCACAGCUCAUAUGAACGACUUCUGUCGGCUGUUCAGGCAUCAUGUGCCAUUCCUCAAACAUUUCAUCCAUGGGAUUUAUUUUCAAAAUACCCAUCGACUUAUCCUGAUGACGACGGUAUAGAAAUUGAUGGCUCCUACUUUGUCGAUGGGGGUAUUGCAGCUCCAUGCCCUGUCUGGCACAAGAAUGCAGAGCAACAGCAAACGGACGCCAACGUUAUUCUGAUUAGUCCCACAUCUGGAUCAUCUUCAUCAGCACCUCCAGUGCUAGGAAGUAUUCGACCAUCCGACUCGUCUUUCAAGUUUCCGCUAGUGGGAGACCUUUCCCCUCGCGGUGAGAAUGGUGUAUUUCGUAUUCGACCGUCGGUACAGAAUCUGAGAGGCUUUGUCGCUUCAGCGGGGGCGGUGCACCCACAAAUCUUGCACGACUUCUACCAACGAGGAAUCGAAGAUGCUAAUGCUUUCUGGAACAAUUGGGAGGAGGGACAAGGAUAG